AGCGAAUGUCUAAACAUUAUUUUCAAAGCAAUGGUGACAGCAUAUCUUUCUCUGCAGGCAUAAAACGAUCUCGAGUCUCCUCGGGGGGACUUUCUGAUUCACCAGGAGGUUUUUCUAAGCACAUUCGAUCGGAUAUGGACUUCUCUCCAAUGAAAGGCACAUACAGUGAAGAAAAAAGGACUUAUUCCAAUUCCCAGCCAGAACCUGGCACUGGCCUAUCCUUUUGGGACAGUAGUCCUGCCAGUAUUGACAAGCUAGUACAAGGAAUCAGCUUCUCCCAGCCAGCUUGCCCUGAAAACAUGCUGCUGAACAGCCAGUUACUUGGCACACCAGGAUCUUCCCAGAAUCCAUGGCAGCGCUUGGUGAAGAGAAUGACCAGGUUCUUUUUGAAGUUAGAUGCUGAUCAGUCGUAUGAGAUUUUGAAGGAGGUUUGUGAUAAGAUGGGCUAUAUCUGGAAGAAAGGCUGCACGAAUCAGGUCACUAUAUCAACAACAGACAGGCGAAACAAUAAACUGAUUUUCAAAGCAAACUUAGUGGAAAUGGAUGAAAAAAUUCUCGUGGACUUCCGUCUCUCUAAGGGUGAUGGUUUGGAGUUCAAGAGGCAUUUCCUGAAGAUCAAGGGGAAACUGACUGAUGUUGUUAGUGCACAGAAGUUGUGGCUCCCAGUCACAUGAUUACUGUGUUCUGAGAGCUGAUCCAUUUUGACUCUGCCAAGGAACAGCUAUUCUUGACAUGCCCUGACUUUUAGACAUUUCAGUGGAAAUCUCUUUUGGUUUCCAAGUGACCGUUGUACAAACACUCCAUAUAUGAUAAUGGGUAGUGACUGUUGCGAAGUCACACUUUGGAAAAGACUUGCUAGGAUACCUCUCUAUUAAAUGUGAUCAUGAGAAUUGCCAGUGGCUUAGCUUCAUUCUAGGUUUUGGCUUGAUUUCUUUUUUGAAGUGACUAAAACUUUAUGUAAGUCAUCCUGACCCUGUUUUCUCCUUUUUUUCAAAGUGCAAACAAUGACACAAUAAAACAAACAGAACAUGUGGGUAAGUGGGGAGCCACCCAGUAGUUGUUUUUAAAUCUAAGCAAUAGUUUAUUUUAUCUGAAUGUGGCUGAGGCCAUUAGAAUAGAAGUAGAAGGAGGUCCUUAAAUCACUUUCUUUAGCCGAUUACUGUUUCUCUGUUAAGGGUUCCUGAACGAAGCAAUUCAGUUCUUGAGUUUUGCUUCAGCUUUUAUUUUUCUCUCUCUAAAGAAAAGUAUAAAAUGCAGUGAGCCAUUUUUAAUACUAUUCAAUCCUGUUUCAAAUGUUUUCAGGGAUUAGCUCUUCCUCCUCAUCCCCCUCCCAACAUACAUCUAUUCACAUUCAUUGCGCCUCUGAAAUAGAAACAUGCAAUGAAGUGGGAAUGAUUAGCAACCUGUCCCAUGUCACCACUUUCCUUUCCUCACUGCCAUACAGGUGCCAGGUAUGCCUCAAUAAUGUGUUAGUCCUUGAACAGAUGACAACCAUGUGCCUUAACUAAUAAUUAUGUUGCAUGUACCAUUGUAGAUUGAGUAAAAAGUAAGUUGAGACAGAAGUAAAAAGUUGAGACUGUAACCUUGUUUCUGACCAUGUGCCUGACUGACCUUAUUUUAUACUGUAUUUAGAAAAAUGUGAAUUUUUAAAAUGUUUGUAAAAGAAAAAUAAUAAUAAAGUGUCUUUUCAAAUUGAAA